GUGGGUUGAUCCAGAGGCGGAUCAGAGCCGCAGCAGCUACUUCAGCACAGACAGCGCCACCUGUGGGACAGAGCGAUCAAAGAUGCAGAGGUGCUUCGGCGUUUUUUGCGUGUCGCUCAUCUUUUGCGCAACCCUCUCUGAGACCAUCGGGCUGGUUAUUGCGGCAAAGGAGAAGCGUGGCUGGACUCUCAAUAGUGCUGGCUACCUGUUAGGUCCCCGUCGUAUUGAUCACCUAAUUCAGAUAAAGGAUUCCCCCAGUGCCAGAGGCAGAGACGAGCUGGUCACUCAAUAUGGAAUAGAUGGACACAGGACACUAGGAGACAAGGCGGGUCUGGCUGGCAAGAGAGACAUGGGUCAGGAGGAAGACAUCAGAACAGGUCUUCUGCGAAUAGGAGAUGAAGACAUCAUCCACACUGUCAUCGAUUUCCUGUCGUACCUCAAACUUAAAGAGAUGGGAGCCUUGGACAGCCUGCCAUCUCCUGUCACAUCAGAUGAACUGGCCAGUCCUUAACAUCUCAACUCCAUAUGUCCUACAGUCUUUUAGAUGUGUGGCCUCCCAGUGCCCUAAAUGUCCAAUUAUCUUAACUCCAUGUGCAAACUUAUAUUCUCCAACUAGAAAUCUUGGAUAUUUCUGUUCAUGUGUAAAUAAAACUUUUAUCUACUGAAGGUCAUUCAGUGUUUGCUGUCUGUAGAUGGUUGCAAGUUUUAAUGAUGGACUAAGUAAACAUUGUUAUAUACACACACACACCAUUCCGUCACAGGACUGCAAGAAUAUAGGGAAAUAAGCUCAUUAAAAUAAAUCCAUUUGAAACCAUAACAUGACUCAUUUGCAUAAUAAUCCAUUUCAUAAGCAUAUACUGUUUUAAUAUAACUUUAACUACAGCUGCAACAUCCAAAACAGUGAAAUAAAUAUGACCACAAAAAAUGCAUAAAGCAAAUAAAAUGCUGUAAAGACAA